GAAAAAAGGGGGCGGGGCAUGGUACCAAAGAGGAGUUUCGCAAUAUUGCCUUUGUGCUGCCCUUUGCACGGGAGAUAGCUGACGCACUUUGAAGAAGAAGCGCCGACAUGACGGAACUAAACGGGACCACCUGGUCCAAGAAGACCGGAAGGGGGGAGGACGGUUCUGAAGAGUCCUUGAUGGCGGAUCUGAGCAGGAUGGUGCAGACCCUGGUGAAGGAGAGCAGCUGGUGGGAGAGGAGGGGCUUGGACUGCAGCAUCCUGGUGGCGGCCUUCCUCUGCCUGCCCGUCGCCUUCCUGCUGCUGCGUUCAGGUGACAUCCUGUGCUUCACUUCCGGCCUGCUGCUGAUGGGCGUGGCUCACGCCACCAUCACCGUUAAGGGGAACCACCUUGCCAGUCAUGGCGCCCUAAGCGAUUCGCCAACGUGGACCAAGUUCUGGGCCAUCUUCUUUAUCGAGAUCUGCGGUUCGUUCUCGGCGCAGGCCGGCGUCCACGCGCACGUGAAGCUGCAUCACGCUCACACCAACGUCAUCGGCCUGGGCGACUCCAGCACGUGGAAGGUGCCCCUCCUCCCUCGCCUGGUCUACCUCUUCAUCGCGCCGCUAAUGUUACCGAUCAUGACGCCGCUGGUCGCCGUGGCUCAUCUCCGAGGGUGCUCGCCGUGGCUGGUGGCGAGGACGCUGCUGAUGAUCCUGCUGGGUCUGUACUCGCAGUACUGGCUGCUCGCCAACGUGUCCGGGUUCCGCACGCCACUUGGCGCCGUGCUGUGCAUGUUGGCGUGCAGAGCCAUGUUCUCCUUGCCCUUCAUCCAUGUCAACAUCUUUCAACACAUCGGCCUGCCCAUGUUCAGCCACGUCCGCCGACCCAAGCGGAUCCUCCAGAUGACGCACGGCGUGCUCAACCUGCGGAGGAACCUUCUGCUGGACUGGACCUUCGGACACUCGCUCAUCAGCUGCCAUGUGGAGCACCACCUCUUCCCCUUCCUGUCCGACAACAUGUGCCUGAAGGUGAAGCCCGUGGUGAGCCGUUACCUGAACGCCAAGAAACUUCCAUAUCAGGAGGACGCUUACUUUUCCCGCCUCGGCCUUUUCUUCCACAAAUAUCAAGACCUGAUGGUGGCAGCCCCCCCCAUCACUGAGCUGGUUGGCCUGCAGUGAUCACCUGACUCGCACUGAACUUUCCUGAUUGCCCCUGAAUGUAACUUUGGCUAUCACAACAAGUAAAAACUAAACUAAACUAAA